UGUCCUUGGGGAGGUGUUUUUUUUCCUGUUCCAGUGCGCAGUGGCUUCAGGGGAUGCUCCGGCCCGCAGAGGUUACUUCAUGUGUUGAUCAGCGCUCGGGUGGAACCAGUUCUCCGCGGUUUUUAUGGAGGGGUUGUGAUCUUUUAUCACCUGAAGGAUGGACUUUAACAAGGUGACAGCUUCCGAUGGGGAAGCUUGGUAGUGUCUGCAGAUCAGCCGAGUUUGGUUCGAAAUGUGACGGCAACUUGUCAGGAGGCUUUUGGGGCAUUACGAGCCUGCCUGCCGGUGCAGGGGGGCACCAUCGCGGACAAGGAAACCCCGAGGAUCACGGCCUCUCGUCCGGAUGACACCAGCAGAAGCCAGCUGCGUUUCUAGCUAGCAUUAGCUAAGCUAACCAUUUUCUCACCUGAAUUCGACAUAACUGUUGAUGGAUAGCUCAAAUCAAACCGCGUUACAUGUGAGGCGUGGGCUCCGAUGUUACUGAGGAUUUAUCUGCCACCAGGUGGAUGGACAGUAUCUUUUUGAGGACUGUCAGUUGUAACGAAAACUGCAGAAAAAUUCCAGGCAUGAUGGAAGGACUUCAUAGUCAGGCUCUGAGCCUGGAUCCACGAAGGCAGGAGCUGCUCGAGGCUCGCUUCACUGGAGUCGGUUUGGCUAAGAGUUCAGCCAACAGCGAGUCAUCCAACCAAUCUCUGUGCAGCGCCGGAUCCCUGAGUGACAAGGAGCUUGAGACACCAGAGAAGAAAGCCACUGAAAGAAGCAGACAGAGAAAAGGAGACCACUUUGACAGUCAAGGGAAGGGAAGGGGGCAGAAAUAUAGUGAUUUCUUUGAGUUUGCUGGCAGCAGCGCGUCGGGUACCAGUCCUGGACGCAGCAUCCCGAUGCUGGUGCGCGCCUCCUCACAGCAAUCCCUGUCGUACCUUCUGUUCCAGCACGACAGUCCUUCGUCCACCGGCUCAGCUCACACAGACUCGUCCUCCUGCAGCUCCUACCGGACCGCCCCGAUGCCCUCCUGCUCGCACAAAGCCAUCCAGUCUGAACUGACGCUGAUGAAACUGAAAACUCUGGAAAAAGAGAAGAACUCCAAACUGGAGAAGAAGGAAGGAAGAAUAGAUGACCUGCUGAGGUCUAACUGUGACUUGAGGCAGCAGGUAGAGGAGCAGCAGAAGAUGCUGGAGCGCUACAAAGAGCGGCUCAACAAGUGUGUCAGCAUGAAUAAGAAGCUCCUGACGGAAAAGUCAAAACAGGAGAAGAUGGCCUGCAGGGACAAAAGCAUGCAGGACCGUCUUCGUUUGGGUCACUUCACCACCGUACGCCACGGAGCUUCCUUCACCGAACAGUGGACGGAUGGAUACGCCUUCCAGAACCUCAUCAAGCAACAAGAGCAAAUCAAUUUGCAGCGCGAGGACAUUGAAAGGCAGAAGAAGCUGCUGGGGAAGAGGAAACCUCCCACGGCGUUGACUCCGCCCUCUAGCAUGGAGCCCAGCAAACGAAAGAGCAGAAACAGCAGCCAGGAGAACGAAACGUUGUCCCUGGCAGAGUAUCGUGAGCAAGAAGAGAUUUUUAAACUUCGAAUGGGUCGCCUAAAAAAGGAAGAAGCGGAGAUUCAGACGGAGCUGGAACAGCUGGAGCGGAUCAGAAGUUUGCACAUUCGGGAGCUGAAGCGUAUCUACAGUGAAGACAACUCUCAGUUUAAAGAUAAUCCCACAUUAAAUGACCGUUAUCUGCUUUUACAUUUACUUGGAAGAGGUGGCUUCAGUGAAGUUUUCAAAGCUUUUGAUCUAACAGAACAGAGAUACGUGGCCAUUAAAAUCCAUCAACUUAACAAGAACUGGAGGGAAGACAAGAAGCAAAGCUACCACAAACACGCCUGUAGAGAAUACAGAAUCCACAAAGAAUUGGAUCACCCCAGAAUAGUCAAACUUUAUGACUAUUUCUCAAUCAAUGCAGACUCAUUCUGCACAGUGCUGGAGUACUGCGCAGGAAACGACCUGGACUCUUACUUGAAACAGAACAAGUCUCUGACUGAGAAGGAGGGCCGCUCCAUCGUCAUGCAGCUCGUCAACGCCCUCAAGUACCUCAAUCAGAUUCGACCCCCCAUCAUCCACUACGACCUUAAACCGGGAAACAUCCUGCUGGUUAACGGGACCGCCUCAGGGGAGAUAAAGAUCACAGACUUCGGCUUGUCCAAGAUCAUGGAUGACGACAGCUACAGCUCGGCAGACGGCAUCGAGCUGACCUCGCAGGGAGCAGGGACCUACUGGUAUUUACCACCUGAGUGCUUUAUAGUGGGAAAGGACCCCCCUAAAAUAUCCAACAAGGUGGAUGUUUGGGCUGUAGGCGUCAUUUUCUACCAGAGUUUAUAUGGGCGCAAGCCAUUUGGUCACAACCAAACGCAGCAGGAUAUCCUCCAGGAAAACACCAUUCUGAAAGCUACUGAGGUCCAGUUCCCCCCAAAACCUGUGGUGACCAUGGAGGCCAAGGCCUUCAUUCGACGUUGUCUGACCUACCACAAGGAGGACCGUGUGGACGUGCUACAGCUGGCCAGUGACCCCUUCCUCAUGCCCAACAUCCGCAAAGCUCUCGGUAGCAGCACCGCCGUGGUGCGCCCAAGCCCCUCCACAUCCACCAACUACAGCAGCAGUGCCUCCAACUGAAGUUCCCUGGGAUGACAAAGCCACAUGGACUCACUUCUAGGAAUGGAAUUCUCCGAGUGUGACGGGAUGUUGUAAAUCUGUCCACAAGCUUCCAGUUGUGGGCUCAGUAGAACCCAAAGAUUUGCCCACAUGCAUGCACUAACUUAAACUUAAGUUUAUUUAAGGUUUCUUUUUUUUUUUUGACAUAAAGACUUUAGAAUUGCACAAAUGUUGGGCGUAAAACAAUGAUUGAAGGAAAAACAUUAUAGUUCAGAACUGGAGUGCUUCACAGCAAAUAUCCCUAAAGGAUAGAAACCUCCACGUUUUUAGGAAGGGCUCCUGAAAGUGACUGAUGACCGGCGAUGGAAGACUAAAGAUCCAUACGGGCCGGUUCUGCUGAAAAUGUCCAUUUAAUGAUCCCACCUGAUCCGUCUGCUGCUUUUCUGUAUUUUUCCAUGAGAUUUACUGCCUUUAAUGUUAUCAACCAUCGAGGUGGCGGGUGGGCUGAGUGAGUGUUGUGAUGUGAAGUAACAUUCGCCUGAAAAUAUGAAACCAUUAAAGAGGAUUUUGGUUAAUGUU